CUACCAUGCCCCUGCUGCUGAGACCGCUGCGGCAGCCUCAGCGCAAUCUCGUCAGGGUAGGGGAUGCCAGGCCCGGGGGGGGCGUGGCAGUGGGAGGGGUGGCGGGGGUGGCGGGGGAGGCGGGGGUGGCGGAGGUGGCGGAGGUGGUGGAGGGGACGGUGGUGCAGAGGAGGGGACCGGGGCUGCUUCGGGGAGCUACGGUAUUUUCCAAACUGGAUCUGCGGUCCGGAUACUGGCAGAUACGGAUGGCGGACAACUCUAUCCACAAAACUGCUUUCCGAACUCGGUACGGAUCGUACGAGUAUUUGGUCAUGCCGUUCGGACUCACCAACGCGCCGGCAACGUUCCAAGCCGAAAUGAACCACAUUCUACGACCACUUCUGGACGAAUGCGUGGUGGUGUACCUGGACGACAUCCUCAUCUACUCGCGCGACAUGAAGCAGCACGUCGAACACCUGCGACGCGUCUUCGAAAUUCUUCGACGAGAACGAUUCUACGUCAAACUGUCCAAGAGCGAAUUCGCCCUGGAGAAAGUCCAAUUUCUAGGACACUUGGUGAGCGCUCAAGGAGUUCACGUCGACCCCAAGAAAGUCGAAGCCGUACGUACGUGGAAGACACCCGAGAACGUGAAGGAGUUGCAGCAGUUCCUAGGCUUCGCUAAUUACUAUAACAGGUUCGUGCCACAGUAUGCGAAACUCGCGGCACCACUCACGAAUCUGUUGAAGAAGAACACGCCCUACAAAUGGGAGACGAAGCACCAGGAAGCCGUGGAGCAGCUGAAACAAGCACUGACAUCCGCACCGGUACUCACCUUGCCAGAUCCCGAACGCGACUACGUAAUCGAAGCUGACGCCAGCGACCAGGCAGUGGGAGCAGUCUUGAUGCAAGACCAGGGGAAUGGACUGCAACCAAUUGCCUACCUCAGCAAGAAACUGCACGGGGCAGAACUCAACUACCCGAUACACGACAAAGAGGCCCUUGCCAUUGUCAUCGCCUUCAAAGCGUGGAGAUGCUAUCUCGAAGGACGAAGAACGACCGUCUACACCGACCACUGCAGCCUGAAAUAUUUGAAGACACAACCCAACCUUUCCAGGCGGCAGGUCCGGUGGAUCGACUUCCUCGAGACACACUUCCACUACGACAUCGUGUACAAGCCCGGCCACAAGAACAAAGCAGACGCGCUCAGCCGGCCUGCACACGUUGCCGCGAUUCAGUGGGACAGUGACAUCGCGUACCGGAAAGGAUCAACAAAAAUCUGGGUACCCAAUUACCCUCCUUUGCGCCAGUUACUACUCGAAGAAUAUCACGACGUCCUGUACGCCGGACACUUCGGUAGCAACAAGACGAUCACCGGUAUCGCCAAACACUACUACUGGCCCCAUAUGGCAGACGACGUCCAGAAAUUCGUCACCUCGUGUGAUACAUGUCAGCGGAUGAAGAGCAGCAAGCAGAAAAAGGCGGGACUACUGCAGCCUCUUCCUGUCCCAGAACAACCAUGGCAAGUGGUUAGCCUGGACUUCAUCACCGGGUUACCACCUACUUCCAGCGGUCAUGACGCCAUCCUUGUCGUCAUUGACAAGUUCUCCAAAAUGGGACACUUCAUCCCGACACACACGACGGCACGCACCGAGGAGACAGCACAACUCUUCGUUCGUCACAUCAUCUCACAGCAUGGCAUCCCAACUACACUCAUCUCCGACCGAGACCCUAAGUUCACUAGCAAGUUCUGGAAGGAACUUAUGUCUCUGCUCGGCACCAAACUCGCCAUGUCAUCCGCAUACCAUCCGCAGACAGACGGACAGACCGAGCGCCUCAACCAAAUUGUUGAGCAACUCCUCCGAGCAGCCUGCAAGGACGACAUCUCCAAAUGGGACUUGCACCUACCCGUCCUGGAGUUUGCCUACAACAACGCUACACACGCCGCUACGGGACAGACGCCGUUCUUCCUCUGCUACGGACGCCACCCACUCACACCACAAAAACUGACAGUAUCAGCUACAGUCCAACCAGCACAUGAUUUCAUCACAACCAUGCAUCAACUUUGGGAUCGGACCCAUAAGCGCCUCCUUGACAUUCAACAGCAACAGAAGCGCCAGGCCGAUCGCCAUCGCAACGACCACACCAUUUCCGUGGGAGACCAGGUGCUCCUCGACACCCGCAACCUGGACAUCAGCCAUCUUCCAUCUAAACUUCGACCUCGCUUCUGCGGGCCUUUUCUCGUUGAAGCACAGUGAGGGCUUCCCCCCAGGUGCCUG